CAAAUUAAUUACACCUCGUUUUGUGCGUAUUAAUUAAUCUAUUGCUCUACAUGGCUCAAGAUGCCGGUUAGGAAGCUCAGAUGAUAAGACACUACCUUAUAAUACCUGUGUUAUUCAAGCCUAAAGAGAAUCUGUGGACAGCAUGGCCUCAGCAGCCCUCACAGUGCUAGUACACGCCCUACUGCUUGCCUGUGUCUCCAGCAUAGCUGGUGUCACUCAUUGGAAGGUACAGGAAGACUCCAUUACACCUCUCGAAGUCGAUCACUCUCAGGGGAAAACGGGAGAUGUAUUUGCCGUCAACCUGGCCAAUAGCGACCCGGAAUUUGCCAUUUUGGUCCGACACACAACCAAAAUGCGUGGUGUAGGUGGAGAGGUUAAUAGAAAGCCACGCCCACAAAUCAGGACUACAGUGGAGGGCCAAAAGGGUGGUGGUGGUCAGGCGAGAUCACACUGCCCUGUAUUGACAGUGGACCUGAGCUCUGAUGGGGUGACCUCGUCAGUCAAGGAGAGACGUAAGGGGGCGUGUCAGCGUGAGAGUGUGAGGUGUGGAGCUGGUAACUGUAAGGACGGUGAACAUAAACGCCCACGCAACCCAGAUGGAUCUGGACCGAUGAGCCAGCAGGCAAUGCAGGAUGCCCAACCCACCCCCCUCACCUGUGGAGAAGCGGUGGAGAGCACGGCCUACGAUUGGUUGGAAGGUAUAGCACGGAGACACGAGCACAGUCACUAUCCUGAACCGGAGGUAGCCAUGAUAUUCAAGAAGGCAGAGACAGACAAUGCUGUGGACCUGUUUGAGGUGGAGAUGGGACUCAGAAAGGCUUAUCAAGAGACCCCAAACUCGCUAACUGUCCUCAACCAAAUUGGCAACUUCUGGCGAAUCAAAGGCAACACACAACUGGCCAUAGAGUGUUUCCGCAAAGCCCUCUCUCUCUCUCCCGACCACCCUGACCUGUUGCUCAACCUGGCACGGGUUCUCUUCAACCUCAAAUAUAACGCAGAUGCUGUCUAUCUUGCCAAACGCUCCUUGCACAUGAAAUCAUCCGACCAUCAUGUCUGGCUACAGUAUUUCACCCUGGGGGAAGUGUACAAGGCCCUGGAAAAAUACGAAGAAGCCGCAUGGUACUUCAGAAAGACGCUGGAGUUGAAUCCCGGACUUCACGUUGCUGAGUUACACCUCCGUGAAUUGGGACUGGAUCAGCAACAUUCUAUUAACACUUACACAGUCAUUAUAAUAUGUUUGCUCAUUGUAAUUGUGCUCAUUCUCAUUUACUACCUCCUUGGUGCUCUCGAGCUUUAACCUCUUAUAUAAAUGAGUUUUUGUGACUAUCAAACAAUUAUUAUCAUUCAAUGGAAGGUAAUGUGGUGCAGUGAAUAAAAAAUGUUGUCAGCUAAUUAUAUACACAAAGAAAUUAAUCUGCAUGA